AGAAUUGUCUUCAUGACAACGAUAGUUUAAUCAAUAUUUAAUGACGCACUUAUUAUGGUGAAUGAAUAAUCAGUUUGCAGAAAAAAAUGGCAAAGAAGGGCGGAGUGCAACAGCUUCAAGCGGACAUCAGUACGGACGAGGAGUUUGACAAAUUUCUGCUGCGAUCCGGGUUGCUUGUUCUCGACAUAUACUCGGAAUGGUGUGGUCCCUGUCUGGGAAUGGUGGGAAGUCUGCGUAAGAUCAAGCUGGAGCUUGGAGGCGACAAUUUACAGCUGGCCAUCUGCAAGGCCGGUUCCAUCUCCUAUCUGGAGAGGUUUAACAAGAAGAGUGAGCCGACUUGGAUGUUUGUCACGAACGGAAAGGCCAUCAACAUCAUGUUCGGCACAGACGUGCCCAAACUGGUGGCCAUUAUCACCAAGAUGCUACGGUCAACCAUGGCCAAGGAGGUCCAUCAGUGCUAUGAGAUCACUGAACUACAACCCAUCGAGCUGGAGCAGCAGGAGGUGACAAAAAAGGCUCUACGGCUGGCCGAGAACAUUGAGCUGGAAGAGUGCAAGAGGAAGCGCUUGGAACACCUGAAGUCUGUCACUGACUGCAUCAUGCAAAACCUUCCCGAUAUUGGGAUAACUGUCUUUGGACCACAGGUCAACCGGGAAAUGUUCAAGAAGCUGUCGGAGCCGGCCGAUCCACUGAAAAUUCAGUGCAAGGAUCGUAAAGUCUUUCCCAUAACGCCCAGUGACUUCACCACUGUGAACUUUGCUGCUGAGAAUCCACUGGCGAGCGAUGUCAUCGAGCAUUUGUACGACAAGGAGCUGCUGAUGUGCUUCUGGAAGGUGGACGAGGCUCUAGGCAGUCCGCCCAACAUUCUGCGGCAAUACGCCCAUGAGCUGACCAAGGAGACCAUAAAGCCACCGGAUGAGUUCAAUGAGGAGGAGAUCACAGUGCCACCCAUAAUAGUACCGCUUGAGAUUAAUGUGCAAAUUAAAAGAAAAGGGUCUGAAAAGGAGGCAGAAAUAUUACGCGUCGAAGAUCUCAAUGUCAAUAUGGAAGAGGACAAAGGCGAGGUGGAAAUUGAAGCAGCAGAGGAUCGGUACGAUGUGAAAUCGGAGGACGCCAAAAAUGAUAAGAACAUCCGCAUUCCUCCGAUUUGGGUGCCCAGUGAUCAGCGCACUCAUGCAGCUCUAAUUUACACAUAUUUCCGGGGGCAAACAACUGCUUUUUUACCGCCCGACCCUGAUCCGGAGCCACCACACAUUGUGAUGUCCUUCGACGCCUACAAGAAGAAAGAUCUGGACAUUCUCCUUGUAUCCUGGCGAGAAGACAUUCCGCUUUAUGGCUUCUUCACCAGCGACAAUCCUCAGACCGCGGUUUUCAUAGCCAAUUCGGUCGAGAAGUACAAUGCGAAACCCUACGUACCCACCGAUAAGAUCGUCCUGAAGGUGAACAAAGUCAAGACCCAGACUCUCCCUGUGUUGAUGUCUUACGGCCCCAACUAUGUAAGUGCCAACUCGGUCGUUGGCCACGAGGAGGCAUGUCAGUUCUUCCCGGACAGUUACAAAUCAGCAUUGCAAGAGGAAGCCGAAUUACACGCAGUGAAACCUGAGAAGCCAAAGAAACGCAAAAAGAACAAGAAGGGAGCUGAUGCAGAGGACACCAGGAAGGUAGACGUUGGUCUUUCAGAAGAAGAAGCACUACUGGAAUCAGAUGAAGCGGCAAAGACUACUCCCGAGGAAGGUGCCUCCACGACAAGUAGUGGAGAGGACAGCUGCGAGAGUCGGCCAGCCACUGCUGAUGGCAUCAACUCCUUUACAGACCGCGGCUCAAGGGUCACAACAAAAUGAACGAAUUAUGAUUCUUGUCAUAAAACUGAUUGAACCUCA